ACUAAGGCACUUCCUGGGUUUUGCAGCUGAGACUCAUGUGACCUCAUCUACAGUACACAACAGCGAUUUUCUUACAUAGAUAGGUGUUUUAUUUUAGAAAGUGAGAACUAAAGAAAUGCAGCGGCUACUUGCAUGACCUUACAUAGCACGCAUCCUUCUUUGUUUGUGUAUCCUUUAACUGUGAAACAUAAUAUGCCACAAUGUCUGGAGAAGCUGAGGAGAAUUGUUACAGUGGAGCCAGCAAUAUUCUUUUACAUGACCAGCACCUUCAUAAUGCUACCGGCUUAUCAGCGCCUGGUCAUGGACAAGGUUUGCCAAGAACUAUACAAGGACACAUCCAUAUGCAGUAACUCAGAACAGAGAGAGAAUGAGGAAGUCGAGUCACACUCUUCCUACAUCUUGCUGCUCUACACAGCCAUGAUCAGUGUGUUAUCUAUUCCCCCAGCCAUGAUGUUGGGUUCUUGGUCUGACCAGGCUGGCCGCAGGUCAGUAAUGCUGCUGCCUUUCAUACUCUCACUGCUGAGUGGUGGAGUGCUGUUGGCUUUGGUAUUGGUGAAGAGCCUGAGUGUCUACUGGUGCCUUCUCGCAGCUGCCUUCAUUGGCUUAACCGGUGGCCAUGUUUCCAUCUUUCUCAGCUCUUUCAGCUUCCUAGCUGAUGUUACCAUAGAAUCUAUCUCAAGUCGCACUCUGCGCAUGGCCAUAGCCGAGUCUAUGAUCUUUGUAGGGGGAAUGGUGGGCUUUCUCCUGGGUGGUUUUCUGACACAGGAGGUCGGCUUGGUGGCAGCUUUUGGAGCCUACAUUGCCUGUAAUGUUUUAGCUAUACUCUAUAUCCUGCUGUGGCUCCGAGAUCCUAAACCAAUCAACAGUACUUUAAACAUCUUUUCUGCUGAAAAUGAAGGGCAGGAGUCUGGAGUGAUAUUCCUGAAGUAUGCCAGGCUGUCAUUUAGGGCAGUAUUCAAGAGAAGGAAUGGUCAGGAUAGACUAAAGCUGCACCUCCUCAUCCUUUGCACCUUCAUAAAUAACCUGGUAGCUGUUGGGGAUAAUUCUGUCUUACUGCUCUAUUUGAUGUAUGAGCCCAGAGAGUUCACAACUGCAAUGUUUGGAGUGUUUAACUCUGCCAGAAUGUUCUUGUUGGGUGCUGGUCUCUUGGGUUUGUUCCCUUUGCUGAUGCAUUGCCUUAAGGAGAUGACGUUGGCAAAACUCAGCGUUGUGUUUAGAGCUGCCUCGUAUGUCCUGCUGGCUUUUUCCACUAACACAUGGAUGGUCUGCUUGGUGGCUGUAGUGGGCAUGCCGGGUGGGAUCACACAAGCAGUGAUUCGAUCAUUGUCCUCUGCUAUCGUGGAACCUGAUGAACAAGGUGCCAUGUUUUCCUUCUCGGCUUCAGUGGAGGCCACUUCCAUCCUCAUUGCUGGCAUCAUAUUCAACGGCCUGUACCCUCUGACCCUGCCUACGUUUCCGGGCAUGCCCUUCAUAAUAAUGGCUACUUUUUGCAUCAUUGUCUUGAUCCUUAUGCAGUGGAUAAGUGAAAUGCCAACCACUCAGCCUCGCCUGAUGCUGCAAGACUGAGAAUAUCUCUCACCGUCCUCCUGUACUUACUGAAAUUUGAUAAUGUACUGAAGAUCCAUUGAUACAAUAACAAGUCUUAUUCUCCACGAGACCCAAACAUCACUAAUUCUGUUCCACUCUGUUGCAAUAGUGCAACAUGUAAUGUGGACUACAUAUAGUAGUAAUAUAAUGUAAUCUUUUUUUAAACUUAACUACAUUAUUCAUCUCAAAUGAUUCUAAUAAAACUAAAACCACAAGAGAAAUUUCCCACUCAGUCACAUAUGUAAUUAGCAUAUACUGAAGACCAUGAGCAGGCAGGUAAAAUAACAGAACAUGCCUUCACAGAUGAAAUGUUACUAAUGUAGAGAAAACUAUGGACAGUACUCAGUGGAAGUCCUUUGGACCGGUGUGAUUUGAUUGAGUGAAUAAAGAGCAUAAGCCAUAAUAACAACCAUAAUGAAAUAAGAACACUAAAAGGUCAAUGGCAUACAGUGGAGAGGUAAUUGAGAAUUGUAGCUUUAAACUGUUCUCUAGAGCAAAGGGACCAUCCUCAAUAUUUUCUUUCACCUCUAGCAUGGAGGCAUGAAAUUGGUCUCCAAUUAGGGAGAUUGUAUUUAACCUUAAAGAAAUUGAUUUUGAAAUCUUUGCUCCAUUAAUUGGGCUGCAGGUAUGUUCUGUAAGUGUGUCCAGUGGCACCAUAACUGACUGGCAUUGUGAUAUAUGCUUGCAUAUAAAAAAAACAAGUGCUCAGUGGUUAAACUACGUUAAGGCAGAUGUAGAAAAUUAAGCUCCUUGAAGACAGUAAUUAACAUUGUUAGAACUUGUUUAGAUCAGUGAUUGUUUAGAUCAGUGCAUUAUCUGAAAACAUUUAUCAAGACCAUAUCAUGACAAAAUUUCAUUAGAGUGGGUCAAACAAUCCCAAAAAAAAGUAAUUUAAUUAGGGCGUGUAUGGGAAUCUAUUUACCAUACUCUUUAAGUUCAGUAGAUAGUGUGGUGUUGAUACUAGGACAAUCAGACCAAUGAACAUGAGCAUAUUAUUAACCACAUCACAGUAGAUGCAAUGAAAAAGUGUAGUUAGUGGAAUACAUGUAUAUAAUAUUGUUCCUUAAGAUAUUAGUGAGGUGAUAAACUUAAAUGUAGGUAAGAGCUACUGAUGUGGGCAAUGGCUUUGUAAAUGAAUUUGAAUUUGUAAAUGAGAAACAUUCAGUAGUAGCCUUAAAGCACUCUGCAAAAUGUGAAUCCCUGAGAAACAACUGGUGUUGUACUGUUUAAAUUUAAAAAUAAAAAUUGUUUGCAACAUA